CAUUUUAUUCAAUUGACUGACACUAUUGGCGAAACAGAGAUUCGAUUAAUAACAGACUUGUGUAAUGUACGACAUAUAACUUGUUACAGACCCUGAAGAAUGGUGACCCUCCCAGUUUUUUUCGUGUUGUCUGUGGCGGUGAUAUCCAGGGUUCAAGCUGCAGUCACAAAUGAAGACAUUAGGAUUGCUAUAUUACAAAUCGUCAACGUUGUACGGGCGACGGACGACAAAUUAGAACGUCACGAAUACAGGGACAGGGUCGUAGGCGAGCAACUCAAAAAGGGCAUGAUUAACAUAGAUAAAAGGAUAAAAAUGCUGGAUCCGCUGAAAGGGACCGUAAGCAGGUUAGACGAAAGGCUAGCGGACGUCGAAACACUUUUGAUGCAAAAAGAAGAGCGGGAGAAGAUACAGCAACAGAAGACUUACGAUGUAGUCUUGGACAUACAGAAGAAUUUGCCCGUUAUAAUGGAACAAAUCAAAAAUGAUAUUCUGGAUAAGAUUCAAAGCAAUACACCACCUGCCCAAAUAAUAGAACCUGUGAUAUCCAAAAAGGACUUUGAAAAAUUGGAAAAGCAAGUUCUGAACAAAAUGGACAAGGUAACAACCACUAUAGAUAAUAUGGAGAACGAGCUGCUGAAAAUUAGGGAUGACAACAAAAAUAUGAACGACAUCAAUAACAAAUCUUCUGAGAAUCUUGAAAAAGUUAAAAGACAGUUAGAUACCAGCGAACAAUUGUUGGCGAAAUACGAAACAAAGCUCGCUGAAUACAACAACAAAAUUCCGGAGAUUCCCUUACCCAAUUACAAGGAAGAAGAAGAAUGGAAGCACAACUUUUUAAAAGUAUUGGAGAGUCAAAAAUCUCAAGUAAAAGAAAUUUUAUCCGAUGUGAAAACAUUGAAACACACCUUGGAUGCUCUUCCACAAAAAUCCGAUAUUGAAGAUUCCCAAAACGUGACACUAGAAAAAUUAGAGGAAAUAAAACAAGAAAACACAUUAAUCCCAGAAAAGACUGCAGAGCUAAUACAAGUCCCAUUAAACAAUAUACAGGAUGACUUGGAAAGUAAAAGCAACGAAACUAUGAAAAGCAUAAAUGAAUUAUUAUUAAUCCCAGAAAAGACUGCACAGCUAAUACAAGUUCCAUUAAACAAUAUACAGGAUGCCAUGGCAAAUAAAAGCAACGAAACUAUGAAGAACAUAAAUGAAUUAUUUGAUAUAACAGUCACACUGACUGAAAGGUUUUCAAAUAAUUACGAGAAAAUCAGGGCCGAAAUUCAAGCUUUGGGUAAAUUAGAACAAGUGAUGCUGAGAACUGCCGAUGAUGUUUUGGAUACGAAACGUCGGGUGGAAUACGGAGUUCACCAGAUUCUUGCUGAAGUUUCGAAACAAGUAAAGGAUAGUACAAAGGAUAUUAAUCAGGGUAUUAAUGAAAGAUUCGAUAGCUUUGAACUAUCAAUUCUAGACGAAGAUUCGGGAGCUUUGGCCAAUCUGACCUCAAAAAUAGGAGAAGAAAUAGACCAAGUCUGGAGGCAAAUUGGUAUAAUGCAUCAACAAAUGAGCGCUAGUACAGAUACCUUAAAUAAAUUGCAAAACCAGACUGAUGCCUACGUCAACGGAUCAGUUAAUGUUAUGGACAGUAUGAAAGGAAAGGUGGGUUUGAUUACCGCUAAAAUCACAGAGGUUGAAGACAACCUGAACUAUCUGUUGGGUAGAUUGUCACUGGUAACGCAAGAGUUCAACCAUAUAAAAACCGGACUGGGCAAAGCCUUAGAUGAAAUUAAGGACAGUUUUAAUGCCGUUCAGGAUAAAAUAAACGAGAACAAAGGACCGGGACCGCAUAAAAUAGACAGCGGAGAAGUUGGUGCCGCUAAAUAAUUGUGCAUUUAUUACGCCCCUCUAUUUGUAGUGUUUAAAUGUAUUGUAGUAUAAUUACGAACUUUGUAAACUUAAAUAUGUGAAUUGUUAUUAACCGUAAGGUAGGUUAUAUAAAUAUAAAAUGCUGCAGAAAAAUUUUGUACUUGAUGCAUUUCAAAUUUAAAUAAAAGAUAAU